GUGAGUUCAAAAAAUUACAAGGAAGUUUAAACUUCGUCCUUGGCAUCAUGAGUAUAAAACAAGACGCUAGUAUCCUAAAAUUUCAGACUCCACUUUUCUUAGCCUGGUGAACAUGAAGACCUUGGCAGUUAUCUGUGCCCUGGUGGCUUGUUGUGCCGCCCAUCCAGGAUUCGCCUAUGACUCCUACACUUCAGUUCUUGGUCUUGGACAUUUUAAUCCGUCCUUUUACAGUGCCCCGGGUCUCUUGCCUUACAGCCAAUAUCUUUCAACCCCUGCUUUAACUGCACCUCUUGCCAAGUCUGUAGUAACCCCGGUUGUUGCAGCCGCACCAGCACUGGUAGCCAAAUCUGUCGCUGUCCCAGCUGUAGCCGCUGUACCAGCUGUUGCCACUGCCCCUGUUGUAGCCGCUGUACCAGCUGUAGCUACUCCCGCUGUUACCAAGACUCAAUGGCAUGCCCAGACUGAACUUGGACAGGCUUCCUACGGUCACGCUGAGCCCCUCCAGACUCACAGUGCCCACCAAGACGCCCAUGGAAACAAAGUUGGCUCCUACAGCUAUGUCAACCCUCAUGAUGGUCAAGUACACAGGACUGACUAUGUUGCUGAUGCUCUAGGAUACAGAGUAGUUGCAAAUGACCUCCCCGUCGAUACACCUGCAGUCGCUUUGGCCAAGUCAGCCCAUCUUGCAGCUCACCUCAGGAGUAAAAGAGCCCUUGGAUAUUCUGUUGCCACCCCCUACAGCCUUGCAACCCCCUUCAGUCUUGCCACUCCUUACAACGUAGCCGCAACUCCCCUUAAUUAUGCUGCCGUUCCAGCUCACUAUUCUGCAGUACAAACUACUGUUGUAAACAAUCCCGGACAUGCAGUUUCAUACAGGGUGGACUAAAAUAACUAUGAUAGCACUAUGUAAAUAAUAAAAUAUUACAUGUAA